CAGUUAGCUUUUCAAGACAACAAUAAAGCUCUUAAUAAUAAUUUUUAUCAAAGUAACUUCCAGGAAAGUGUAGCUUAGGUCGCUAUCGGGUUGUGAGCCGGAAAUGCACACGGGGGGUUACUCUCUUGCUGUGUGGUAUGUACUCUUUGAGAAUCCUGAGGCGUUCACUACAGUGUAACAUUAGCUCGCCACACACAAACACCGACUACCGACUCUAAACUUCAUCUUCAUCAUUAUGCCGCUACCGGAGCCCUGACCGACGACAAUGGCAGGUGUCCUGAAAAGGAAGUUUGCAGAAGUAGAAGACGACGACGACGACGACGACCUCGCCUACCCUUCCCCGCCGUCCUCUUCGCCCGCGUCCUCCGAGUGGGAGUCGGACAGGGAGGAUUUUACGCCCCACACCCCCCCUGCACCCGGCGUUCUACCCGUUGGCUCCAUCGUGAAAAAGCCCCGGCGGGUAAAAAGGCAGCAUCAUGUGCGCUUCGACCAGGUGACGGUGUUCAGUUUCCCUCGCUGCCAAGGCUUCACCAGCGUGCCCAGCCGCGGCGGCGCCACGCUGGGUAUGAGGCGGCAGCACAGCGCCCUCCACAGGUACACGGUGGCGGAGCACGAAACGGCACGGCGCUGCAGGCAAGCGCGCCUGCUCCGACUGAGACCGGAAGGAUGGAAAGACGACCCGGUGGCGAUGGCGGACGCCCACGUCGGUGACGCCGAGCUGGAAGGCGGAGGUUCCCUACAGCCGUACUCGUCCAAGCAGCGGCAGGCUCUCCUGCUGGCAGCCGGCGUGAAGCGCAUCGACCGCGAGGAGAAGAAGCAGCUUCAUGCGCUGCGUUUGUCCCGAGAAGCUUGCGGGUGCGACUGCCAGGGCUUUUGUGAGCCCGAGACCUGCGCCUGCAGCCUGGCGGGCAUCAAGUGCCAGGUGGACCGCUUCACCUUCCCUUGCGGCUGCGCCAAGGACAGCUGCGGCAACGCGGCGGGCCGCGUGGAGUUCGACUCCAAACGCGUGCAGACACAUUACAUCCACACCGUCAUGCGGCUGCAAUUAGAGCGGCGGCUGCAGGACGGAGCGGCGAGCCGCGACGAGGACCGAUCAGGACGUCCGGAAGACCUCGGAGAGGCCCGCCCGGAUACGAGUGCGCCGUGCAACUACUUCGGCUUCACCUUGGAGGAAGAUAAUCUUACUGUUCCUACCCGCCCGUCCUUUAUUCUGCUGCCGGAGCGCUCGGCGAGGGAAAACAGCUGCAGCAGCAACAUGACCGAGUCCUCUUGCUCGUCCUCCGACUGCGACGGUGCAGGGCCACUUCCUGCCAGGCAUGAAGGGGUCCCUUGUGCCCUAAGCAUCUGUGACUCGGACAAUAACAACUACUCUGUGUGUGACCAACUCAGACUCCUGGCAGCGCCGCGGACCCCCGACAGAAGCGCGUCUGCAGGUCCUGACGGCAUCGGUGCGCAUCCAACAAACGAUAAAAACUAUCUGGAUGAAAACGCCAACCCGGCCAGGGGAAUUUUUGACGACGACGAUUCCCUGGAAGGUUUUCCCAACACACCCUCCCCGACUCUGGACUAUCUCUCCUCCGGGUAUAUGGACCCCAGUCUGUCCUCGGACUCGGACCUGGAGUUCUUUGACAGCGACUAUCCUGCCGGGCCCCUGCACAGCUCCUUCAAAGAGCACAGCUUUCGCCACCUUCAGCUGAUUAGUUCUGUUUAUUUGCCCGCCUGUGAAUCGAGCGCCUACCUCCUGGAGUCUCUGAUUGGCCUGACUGAGCCCAGCCCAGAGCAGCCUUAUGAUAACCAGCUCGCAUAGAAAAAUAACAGAUUUUUGUUUUGUAUAUGACAAAAAAAAGAGUGUUAGAAAAUAUUAAACAGAGAU